AUGAGAUCUUACGACGGUGAAAGCAGUUCAGGUGAUGAAGAUGAUCGGCGUGAAAUACUUUCUGAUAACCACCAUUUAAAUCAGGGUGGAUGGCGUGGCUCAACACAUCCUACAUGGGCAUGGGAACACCGUCAACAGUUACAAAAUCAAUCAAAUCCGUCAUUGGAGUCAAUAGCAGCGUAUUCAGCUCCACCACCAGCACAUCCAGGUCUUGGAGUAUCUUCAACAGGUUAUACUCCCGGAUCUGAUCAUUCGCAAAAUCAUGGAAGACGAACUCCAUUGGGUGCUGUUGGUCUUGGAGGAUUUUAUUUUCAACAACAACCUCAACCACAUACCUCUUCUAGUGUUUUAUCAUCUGAUGAAAAUCGUCCUGAUCAAGAAAGGCCUACAGGAUCACGUUUAAACUGUCCACCAAAAUCAAAAAGUUCACGUCAAGGAAAAAGUGUAAGAUUAAAUAUAAAUGCACGUGAACGUCGAAGAAUGCAUGAUUUAAAUGAUGCACUUGAUGAAUUACGUUCAGUUAUUCCUUACGCUCACAGUCCUUCAGUAAGAAAAUUAUCUAAAAUUGCAACAUUAUUAUUGGCUAAAAAUUACAUUCUUAUGCAAGGCAAUGCACUGGAAGAAUUGAGGAGAGUAAUAGCAGUACUUCAAUCACCGCAUGCACAUACAACAGCACUACCACCCACACCAGUGUCAUAUGAUUUACUCCAAGGAUUUCCUGGUAAACUUUUCCAAGAUGUUCCAGAGUUACAAGGUAUUCAUGCAUUAAAUACAGCAGGUAUUAAUUCAAGUGGUCCAUCUAAUGAUAGAACACCCUCAACUGCUGAUUUAAGUAUUACAGGAUCAGAGUCAACUUAA